AUGGUAAACGACAUUGAGAAAUCAUCCGGCGACCAUAUCUCCACUGAGAAUGUCGAACACGUCGAUAGCCCUCGCGGUGCAAAGCCCGUGGUUGACAUCGACGUUGAUGAGGAAUUCACGUACGAAGAACAGCGAAAAAUCAUCCAUCGCGUUGACCGCCGACUGGUCACCAUGAUUGGCGCUGCGUACUGCAUCAGCUUGAUGGACCGCACAAACGUGUCGAUAGCCGCAAUUGCUGGAAUGAUGGAGGACCUGGAAUUGUAUAUCGGCUUUCGAUAUUCGACAAUGGUGCUGGUAUUCUUUGUCACCUACAUCGUCUUCCAGCCACUGGCAACCGCAAUCAUCCGAAAGAUCGGUCCGCGAAUCUUCAUCUCGGUUCUUGUGAUGUCCUGGGGUGCAUGCCUGAUCGGUUUUGCGUACGCCCCGGAUUGGCAGUCGCUGGCUGGCUUGCGCGCAGUUCUUGGUAUCCUCGAGGCGGGCUUCUUCCCCGGCGCGGUGUAUCUGCUGUCCUGCUGGUAUUCGCGAUAUGAGGUGCAAAAGCGAUAUUCAUUCUUCUACCUGAUCGGCUGUUUUGCGUCGGCGCUGUCCGGUAUCCUUGCCUACGGCUUCAGCCAGAUGGCACCGCUCCAAGGCCUUAACGGAUGGCAGUGGAUCUUCAUCAUGCAGGCGGUGGUCACAUUCAUCAUCGGUAUCCUAUGCAUGGUCUUUGUCGUUGACUUCCCCGACAAAGGCUACAACGCUUGGGGUUUCCUGAACGAAAGGGAGUGUGCUUUCAUCCUGCGCCGGCUUGACAGAGAUCGAGCAGACGCCAGCCCGGAGCCAUUCGACAUCGUCAAGUUCCUCCGACCCGCGUUAGAUCUGAAGAUCUGGGCGUUCGCGUUCAUCUUCUUCGCCACCACCACUGUCACGUACGGAAUCGCGUACUUCCUACCCAUUAUCCUGCGCGACAACAUGGGCUUCGACGUCGCCGAGGCACAAUGCCUGACCGCACCCCCGUACGCACUCGCAGGUAUCCUCAUGGUAACCACCUCAUGGGUCGCAGACCGGUACCGGAUGCGUGCUCCUAUCCUCAUCUUCAACAGUCUCGUCACCCUCGUUGGUCUGCCGAUCAUGGGAUUCGCCGAUAGCUCGGCGGUUCGCUACUUCGGUGUCUUCCUGACGACGGCCGGCGUGAACGCCAAUAUCCCGGCAAGUAUGGCCUACCAAGCGAACAACAUCCGCGGACAGUGGACUCGGGCAUUCGCUAGUGCGACGCUCGUUGCAUUCGGUGGAAUCGGCGGUAUCGCGGGGAGCUUGGUGUUUCGAUCGCAGGACGCUCCCGACUAUGUCCCGGGGAUCUGGGCUGUUAUAACAUGCCAGCUGUGUCUUAUCAUCGUUGUUGGGGCGUUGAGUUUGUACUUUUGGAGGAGCAACCAGAAGGCCGACCGGGGCGAGAAGAUCAUCGAGGGAUCGCCUGAUUUCCGAUAUACUCUUUGA